AGUUAAUAACCGAAGGCGGGGAGGCUGGUCUGGCUAGGUGUGCUGCCCUCCAGAUGUUAUGGACUACAGUUCCAUCAUCCCCUGGUCCAUGCUCGGAGAACUGAAAGAUUACAGAGAAUUACAGUGAUGCAAAGCGAAGGGUGAAGUUGGAGGAACGGUUGUUUCUGGAGCCCUUAUUUGCUGCUGGAGAGAGAGAGUACUUUACGCUGUAUUCCAGGGUGAUAACCUUUAACGAUUGCUGUCUAGCAGGCUCCCCCCUGCUGCCUUUUCCUGGCAAGAACUACCUUAACCCCUCAUGUGCCUGGUGUCAUGAAUGACCUGAUGCCUGCUGCAGAGAUGGAUGACUUCCGAAGGUCCUUCAUUAGGCUGUGCAAGGAGAGCGGUGUUGAGCCACAGGAGAGCGUCUUGCAGCGAUUACAGGAGACAACAGGGAGAAGCCACUUGGAUUUUGCCACCCAGAGCCUUUCUGUGGACACGUGUGGGGCUCUGGGCAAGCUGUUGCAGGAUGAACUGCAGUUCACCGAGAUUGUGCUGAGCGACUGCAUGCUGAGUGAGGAAGGAGCUAAGUUACUACUUUGUGGACUUUGCACAAACACAGUUGUGAAAUCCUUGGACCUGAAGGGCAAUAACCUGCGAGCUGUGGGAGCUGAAGCCCUGGGCAAACUGCUCAGACAAAACAAGUCUAUCAGGAGCCUCACUUUAGAAUGGAACAACUUGGGUAUCUGGGAGGAAAGUUUUGCCUUGUUCUGUGAAGGGCUUGGAGCAAAUGGUAUUCUACAAUGCCUGGAUCUGCGCAAUAAUCAGAUCAACCACCAGGGGGCAGGCGAGCUCGCCAUGGCUCUGAAAAACAAUUCCAGUCUACAGGAACUUGAUCUACGUUGGAAUACCAUUGGGCUUCUCGGGGGACGUGCCCUCCUGAAUUGCCUGCAUACCAACCGGGUUCUCCGACAACUUGAGUUGGCAGGGAACAAUGUACCCAGUGACAUCCUGAAGGCUGUGGAUCAAGCUAUGGAACACAAUCAAGAGCGUCAGAACAUCCUCUGCAAGAAUCAUAACAUGACACGUGUGCUCAGUAAAGAGGUGCUGUGCUUGAAGGAAGAGAAAGCUAAACAGUUCCUGGAUCUGAUGGACACCAUUGACAGACAGAGAGAGGAGAUAACCCGCUUCAACAGGGUAUCAACAACACGAGUCGGGCAGCUGCAGGAAGCUCUGACUGAACGGCAUUCUAUGCUGAACUCACUUAAAGCAAAGCUCCAGAUGACUGAGGCAGCCCUGGCCAUGUCGGAGCAGAAGAUCCAUAGUCUGGGUGAGUUGCUGAGUACAACACAAGAGGAGCAGGCAAGACUGGUGGAGAGCCAGGCCAAGGAGCUGCAGCAGCUCAAGAAGGAUUCUGCAGAUCGAGAAGCAAGGCUUCAACGUGACCUUUCAUCUGCCAAUGACAAAAACCUCCUGCUCAGGAAUGAGGUGGAUGAACUGGAAAGAAAAUACAAAGGGCAGCAGGAGCAGCUUUUUCAUGUGAAGGAGACCCUGACCCACACAACAGCAGAGCUGAAAUUGCGGGCUGCGCAGGCUGAAGAGCGCUUGGAGAUGGAGAAGAGGCGGUUCAAGCAGGGCCUUGAGGAUGCAGAGUCCCUUCGACUGAGGGAGGUAGAUCAAAUGAUGCGUCACCUGGAGACAACUGAGCGUUCUCUGCAGGAGCGAAUCCAGAGGCUGGAAACUAUCCGCAUAGGGCUGGAGGAGGAAUUGAGCCAAGUGAAGGCUGCUGCAGUCAUGGAACGGGGCCAGGUUGAGGAGGAGCUCAUCAAAGCCAAAAGCCAAACCAGGUUGGAAGAGCAACAGCGAUUGGAGCACCUGGAGGACAAGCUGCGUCUGAUGGCCCAGUCCCGCGAUGAGGCACAGAAUUACUGCCUGCAGCAGAAACAAGCUGUGGCUGAGGUACUUGGAAGGGAGAGCCAGCUGAGCAUGCAGGUAGAAGGACUCAAGAGGCGGCUAGAAGACCUUCAACAGGAACUGAGCGGCAAGGAACAGGAAAAGGUAGCCGAGGUUAACAAGGUGCGAGUGGAGCUGCAAGAGCAGAUUGGACGCCUGGAAGCUGAGAGGACAGCACAGGAAGGGCUGCGAGAGAAAAUUGCAGCCCUGGAGCGGCAACUGAAAGCGCUGUCCAGUAAUCACCGGGAGGCACUGCUGGACAAAGACAGUGAAAUCACAAGCCUGCUGGAGAAGCUGAGAGUUCGAGAGGCAGAGAUUUCCAGGAUCAGGGAAGAGGAAGCUCAGCGAGCCAGUUUUCUUCAGAACGCCAUCUUGACCUAUGUUCAGGGCUCCCCCUUGAGUUCUUUCAUCCCCAAGAAGUGAGCCAUAAGUCUUGAAGGACUUUAUCCUGACUUCCACAAAUGGGGAGUCCCAGAAUGAAGAUUGGGGUCAGCAUGUGAGGCAUGUGGGAUAGCCUAGAUUUUGACUUCCUGUUUCAUUUUGACCUUGCGACAUUGCAUUGGAGAUUGCCUGAGCAUGGCCUGUCAUUCAGGGACCUGCAGCUGUCUGUAGCCAAGCACAGCCUUGUUCAAAUCUACAAGCCACGUUUUAAGGCUGUAAGUGACAGCCAUUCAUUCCAGGAUCUAACCUGUAGUUCAUCUGUUUGCAUGAGGUAGGGGCCAAAAAUGUCCUCCUCUGCACACUUACACCUUUAUCCUUGUGCUAGGAUUGUGCCUGGAAAAACUGCAUUGGAGUAGCAAGUGAAAAUCUCCACUAUCAACAAAUCAUCACUCAUGCAGGACUUUCUGUGGCACUGUUUCACUUCCAUGGCAAUCAUGUAUGUUGACAUGAAAAAAACCCUCUGAUCCACACAGCCUUCAUGAUCAUGUGGGGGGCCUGGUUGAAGCAGAAGCUGCUUGUCCUGUUUCACAGCCUUUUUAAAGUGCAUAUAUCAUUUAUCUUUUGUGCCUGGGCAUAGCAGCAUUGCUGAAGCUUUCUGAAGUAUAUAGAGAGCAAGAUGCUGGCACCAGUGUGUAAUUUCUUGGGCCUUCACACUACAGAUCAAGUAUCUCAAUAGGUAUAUAAGACGUCCUGCUUUAUUGUUAUUCAGAAGAGUCACUUGUCGCUCUUCACACAUGACAGAAUUUAAAUAGGUAGAAUGGUGGUUUAGGGGUUGGGACUGGCUCCUACAGUUUGCUGUGUUCCUUCUUUCCUGGAGGAGAUGAGCUCAGGGAUGGCAAACUUCCUGUUAAAUUCUAACUCUUCAUUUUUAAACCAGGAGGGAAAAGACAUGCUCAUUUCGGCCUAACUUCAAGAGCCGGUUUGCAUUUAGUGUCUUUAAAUACAUAUAUUUUAUGCUCCUUGUAUGUUUUAUCAUGUAUAUAUAGCUGCUUUAUAUGUCCAUGUGACAAUGGUACACUUCAGUCAUCUUCCCUAUGAAUUAGGAAUAUAAAUUGGCGAAUUCAUUUUUGUUUGCAGAUAUUAAUGGGAAAUAUCUGAAACCUUCAGCUUUUUCUCCCAAGUUCAUUUCAGUUUCAAAGAAUGUGCAUCUAGAAGAUAAUGGAAUUUAACUUUUUUAAACAUUGUUUCCCUCACCUGCCACAUUUGGGAAAAUGAUUUCUUAACACAUUUUUCAUGAUAAAGCAAUGUAUCCCCAGUUUUUCAGAAAUUUGGACUAUUUUGCCCGAAGCAAUUCAACUAGCCUUUCAAAAGGAAAACAGAAUUUUGUUUUGUUUGGCCCAAUUCAACGGGGGGCCAAUCUGUCUAUGGAGAUGGCACGGAGCCACACCGGCACAUUUGCUCUCCCUGGGGUACUUACCCCACAGCAAAUCAGCUUGGGGUGGCCAUUGCAGUGUUCCUCCCCAGUGUAGUGGGAGCAUUCUGGAGGUGUGGCUGAGGUUGGAGCUGACGUUAGUCAGCAUCCACCCAGCCUUUACCUGCCAGCAUGCCAGCACCCAAUGCUUGGAAAGGUGGCAUAAGUCCAUAGAUCCCAAUGGAAGGCUUUUUGGUAGUGGGGAGUCUUGUUUUGUUUUUUGCCUCCCCAUACUGCUGAGAAGUCCUCUUUUGGAGGUGAUGGGCACCACAGUGGUGCUGUGUCCCACCGCCAGGGACUCUGGGUUGGACUGUAGAACAAGUAAAGGAAGUACCUGUGACUGGAAUGGGACACAUUUAAUUUGGCCAUAAAAGCAGCCACAAGGAAAGGGCCGAUUGGGAUCAUGGUACUGGAGAAGGAGCAACAACUUUAACUCUUCCUCAGUCGAAAAUGUCCCUCUGGCUUAUUCUCACUCAGAGAAGUGGGACUGCAGCCAGAAUAAGCAAGCCCCUUCCUCCCCAUGCCAAAACACCCUUAUACAGCAGUUGUAUAGGGAACAUGUCGGGAACAUACAACAUGUAUAGGGAAAUGUUAUGUCAGCAUUUCAGGUAAUUUAGCCAUUCAUCUAAUUGUUUGUAGUUAGUGAAAUGGGCAAACAAAUAUCAGACAUUUACAGCACAAUCCUAAACAAGAAUUAAACCCUGCUAAACCUGUUGGAGUUAGACGAAUAUAGCUCUUCCUAAUGUAACAAUACUAGUAGCCUCUUAGCCCAAGAUAGGGCUGCUUUGAGUGCUUUUCUUCUGUAGUUGGAGUAAUGUUUCUUUUAUCCUCUCCCUUGAUGAAGAAAAAAACCCUUUUAAAGUCUCAGUCAAAGUGGCAACAAUCUUAUGUCGUGGCUGCCUCACCUUCAAGUUACUAUGAGGACAGGAUUUCUGCCUUGGUAGCAAUCAACCAAGGCGGUUUCAAGUGACACAUGUCUUCUAUGGUGUUCUGUAGGGUUUUUUAAGUGGCUUGUAAUCCUUUUGAUCUGUUUAGGUUCAUUAUUAGUACCUGAUCAAGAGAGUUGCAGGGAUAUUUUGUAGUGUAUACAGAGGGCUGGUGGGUGCAGCAGUAAGAUUAGGAUCUGGGAUGCUGAGCUUCAAAUCUCCCAUUUUGGCACGAAGCUUGCUUGGUGGCCCGGAACCAGUCCCACUGGUACUGUUUCAGCCUACCUCACAGGGUUGUUGUGAGAAUAAAAUGGGAAGGACCCUGAACUCUUUGGAGGAAAAGUGAGAUAAAAUUGACACUUGAGGUAUAAUUCCAAAUCUUUGCCAUCUUUAGCAAUUUGGGGUCCUACCCAUAAAGAACAGCAGCACAUUCUAUGGUAGAAACCAGACAGCAGAGCUGAUGGCUGAACAGGAUUGUUUGCAAAGGCAGUGCAGUGAGGAAAAGGGUAACACUAGGCCAUGAUUACCUUUGCUCUUUUCAGAAUUUGCUGUAAGUGGUUCUGGAAAGAAUUGGAGUGUAGUUCAUUCACGCCUGUCUGGAAUAAUCAGCACCUAGCAGCCCACUGGCCAGCAGCAAAGACACUUCUUCCUCUUGCAUGCAUAUACAGACAGUGCCCCAGGGCCUUUGUUUUAUCAGAGUAUUAAAAAAUCCAACUCAGUUGUCUAAUGAGAUUUGACUGCUUCUGUAGGAAGGCAGAAAUUUGUUCCCUCUUGGGCUUGUCCUGCAUUCUAGGGAGUUGAUACAAAAGGGCAGCAAAUCAGCAUCUAUCAGCAAAUCAGCAGAUUCGAGGCUUCUGUAAUGUGUGUCAGGGAAGCGGGGAAUUUUCACGCAUGACACUUUGAGCCUCUCUUGCACUUUGCACUUAUGUUUGGCGAUACUAUAUGACAAAGAAGAAAAAGCUAUUUUAAUGUAAGACA